GAAAUAAAACCAGUACCAUUAUCAUUUUGGUCCAUUAAAGGGACAGACACCGUGUGUUUCCUGUACCGUUUCAGUCCACCAAUGACAGCAGCCCUUCCAGCGAUGAUGUAAUGUCAUGAAUAUGCAAAUGAGCUGGCUGGUGGAUGGGAGGCUGUGGAGUCGGCAUCCCUUCUGCCUUCAUCACGGCUACCCUUCAGCAUCCGUCUAAAAAGCUGCAGGGAGGGGACGGGAUGUUGUCGAGGAUGAGCUGAUGCUCUGCCACCAUGAUGCAGCCAUCAUCCUCCGCCGACAAUAGCAGCCGGAAGCAGCCACGCUCCUCCUCCCCGGCCGGCCUCAAAGACGGCGGAUCUAAAGCGACACAGAAAGGGAGCAGCAGCCCGUCAAAGCCUUUCGCCCCCAAGCAAGCAACAGGAGUUGGGGGAGGGAGAAGCAGCCGAGGUCAUUCUCCCGUAUCAACCAGCCGGGAUCGGCAGGCCGGGGGGGGCGCGCCCGCAUCGAAAGGCGCGGCCGCUGUCCAAGUUGCCGGUGCUGAAAGCCCCACGUUGAGCCGGGCGGCGGCGGCGACGGACAGAAGCGGCAUCCAGACAUCCGAUGACUCCUCACGCCUCGGCACCGAUGCCUCCUCCCCCUCCAGAGCCGAUCCGAACCGAGUCGUGUCGGACCAGCCCUGCGCAUCCAAAUCCCCCAAAUUGAAAAGCAAAACCACAAGAGGAGGGGAAACCUCUAAGAAGAGCUCCAAGGGCACAGUCGGCUGCGGUCCCGGUUUCUGGAAGGAGGGGUGCCUACAAUCAGAGUUGAUUCAGUUUCACUUGAAUAAAAGCUUGGGGAAGAAAGGGACAAAGAUGCAGACGAAGCCGGCCUCUCCCCCUGCCUUGGAGCUGUCCCCUGAGCCCGAGGGUCCACAACCAGCCCCCCAGCAAGACCAGACACUGCUGGAGGAGAUUGACCGGCUUGAGGACGAAAAUGACGAUCUCAAGACCGAAAUCGAGGAGAUGCGAGCCGAGAUGGAUGAGAUGCGAGACACCUUCUACGAGGAAGACGCCUGCCAGCUGCAGGAUAUGCGUAGAGAGCUGGAGAGAGCAAACAAGAACUGCAGGAUCCUCCAAUAUCGUCUGAAGAAGGCAGAGAGAAAACGGCUCCGCUUCACAGAGAGCGGCCAAGUCGAUGGAGAGCUGCUGAGAAGUCUUGAGCAAGACCUGAAGGUGGCAAAAGACGUGUCGGUACGUCUGCACCAUGAACUUGAGAACGUGGAGGAGAAGAGGACAAAGACAGAAGAGGAGAAUGAGAAGCUGAGACAGCAGCUGAUAGAAGUCGAGGUCACCAAACAAGCGCUUCAAAAUGAGCUGGAGAAAGCCAAAGAGCUCUCGCUGAAAAGAAAGGGAAACAAAGAUGGCCAGAAAGAGAAAAAGGCUGUGCAGACUCCAGUUGAGGAAGAAAAUGAAGAUCUAAAGUGCCAGCUAGCCUUCAUCAAGGAGGAGGCGGUCUUGAUGAGAAAAAAGAUGGCAAAGAUAGACAAGGAGAAGGACCGCCUGGAGCAGGAGUUGCAGAAAUACCGCUCCUUCUACGGAGACGUGGACAGCCCCCUACCUAAAGGUGAAGCCGGGGGGCCUCCCACCACGCGGGAGUCUGAACUGAAGCUCCGUUUGCGUCUGGUUGAGGAGGAAGCCAACAUCUUGGGGAGAAAGAUUGUGGAGCUGGAGGUGGAGAACAGGGGACUCAAGGCUGAGCUGGAUGACAUGAGAGAGGACAGCCUGGCGGCUGCAGGAGUGGAUGGAGAUGGCAGUGGAGGUCAACAGUGCAGGGAGCAGGGUGAGGCGCUCUCAGAGCUCAGGCAGCAGCUGCAACUGGUGGAGGAUGAAGCAGAGCUUUUGCGCAGAAAUCUAGCGGAUGUGGAGGAGGAAAACAAAAAGGUGACCAAUGAGCUGAACAAACUGAAGUACAAGGCAGGAUCCCACGAAGCCGGCUCCAGACAUGGAGGAGGUGCUGACUCCGCUAAAGUGGAGGUGCUCCAGGAGGAGCUCAAAGCAGCCCGUCUGCAGGUCAACGAGCUGAGUGGCAAAGUGUUGCAGCUCCAGUAUGAGAAUCGAGUGCUGCUAUCUAACAUGCAGCGCUACGACCUGGCUUCCCACCUGGGCAUCCGAGCCAGCCCCCGAGACAGCGAUGCUGAGAGUGACGGAGGGCGGGACGAUGACACGCCCUCGGCCUCGUCACCUCGCUUACUACCGCCCCACCGUAAAAGGGAGGGCCCGAUUGGAGGUGAGAGCGAUCCGGACGAAGUCAGGAACAUCCGCUGCCUUACUCCGACGCGCUCCCUGUACUCGCCGGUGGAUAGCCGUUUUUUAUCCAGAAGCCUGAAGGACCGGCAGCAGAUGAUAGACAUCCGAAUCGAGGCCGAAAGGCUGGUCCGGACCAUCGACAGGCUUAUCGCUGACACCAGCACCAUCAUUGCUGAGGCUCGGGUUUAUGUUACCAACGGUGAGCUCUUUGCCAGGCUGGAUGAUGACGAGGAAGGUGGCAGGAUCCGAGAACAUGAGCUGCUAUAUCGUAUCAACGCGCAGAUGAAAGCCUUUAGAAAGGAGCUACAAAGCUUCAUUGACCGGCUGGAUGUUCCUAAACAAGAGGACAAACAACCAGAGGAACCUCUAUCUAUGUUUCAGCCCAUUAUUUUGCUGAUCCUCAUUCUCGUUCUGUUUUCCUCACUCUCCUAUGCCACCAUUUUUAAACUUGUGUUUCUUUUCACCCUUUUCUUUGUUCUGUAGGGCUCACAAUUCACACAUUGUGCAUUUUUUCUUUUCUUUUUCAUUUAUGUAGUCAUUUGAAUUCUGUUAUGUUGAACAUAUUAUUAUUACACAAGGUCACUCAAGGUACAAGGCAUUAUCAUUUUUCCGAGUACGACCCAAGCCACUCAUCAAUUCCGACGCUUUCACCGCUUUCUGUUGGAGUACAACCAUCUUUGGGAGAUAGUGGACAGCCAGGGAGGGGAGAACCGUAGAAUUUUGCUGGACCUGAAGACAGUUUUGGAUGAAGUGCAGGUGGAGGUGAAGAAAGAGGAGGAGAAGCGGAGUGAGCUCCAGUUGCAGUACACCAGAGACAGAUGUGGCUGGGAGGUGGAAAGGGCCGA